CAUUAAUUAGCUAGACAUGUUAUCUUCAGCUAUCUCUAGUAUUUAAAGUCUUUGCAUUGCGUACAAUUCUAUCUUGUAAAAUCACUUUAUCUCUUCAGAAGAAUCAAAGACACGCAGAAUGAAAAUGUCAACACAAUAUUCAAAGGCAUUCAUUUUUCUCAUUAUUGUGGGAUUACUUGCACGUGACACGUCAGCAAGAAAACUCUUGGGAGAUGCAGUAGCUACAAUCUUUGAUAUCCCUGCUGGAGCAAAUGGUGUAGGAUUUAGUCAAAUUAUUGGAGGAGCAGGCGGCAGCAGUGGCGGGGGCGGAGGCGGUGGAGGAGGAGGUGGUGGUUUUAGUGGCGGAUAUGGUUCCGGAUUUGGAUUUGGCUUCGGCAGCGGCCAAGGAUCGGGUUUAGGCGGUAGCGGCGGUGGCGGCGGUGGUGGUGGAGGUGGCGGCGGUGGAGGCAGCGGAGAGGAUGGUGGUAGUGGUUAUGGAUUUGGUAUCGGAGAAGGUUUCGGUGGUGGUGGCAUCUAAUUCAAAUUUGCCACAUUGAAAUAAUUUGUAGUAGGCCGAGGAAUUAAUUUUAUGUUUUAAUAAGCUUAAUAUAAGAGAAUAUUUCACUAUGUUAAAGUCAGUUACUGUUACAUCUAAUAACGAAAGUUAGUGAAGAAUAAAUGCAUGUU